GUGAGUGAGUGAGUGAGUGAGUGGGAGAGAGCGAGAGAGCGCGGGACGUGCUGCCCUCUCCCAGCUGGCCCAGUGUUCAACCCGGCCCUGGUGAAUAUGCUCGGCCCCGCCGCCAUUCUCCCGGAUAUAUCUACCUAAUCCUCCGCCACCAUUGCCUCCAGACCCCCUCAACCACUAUGAGAUAAAAGUGCCACCACUCGACAUAGUUGGCGCGCGGAGACCCACGGUGCUGGCCAGCCAGGAUGGAGUUGAGGGUCGGCAACAAGUACCGUCUCGGCCGCAAGAUUGGCAGCGGCUCCUUCGGCGAUAUAUACUUGGGAACAAACAUAUCGACCGGUGAGGAAGUAGCCAUCAAAUUAGAAUGCAUCAAAACAAAACAUCCACAGUUACACAUAGAGUCCAAAUUUUAUAAGAUGAUGGCUGGUGGUGUAGGUAUUCCAGGAAUUAAGUGGUGUGGGUCGGAAGGCGACUACAAUGUUAUGGUUAUGGAGUUAUUGGGGCCCUCUUUAGAAGACCUCUUCAAUUUUUGUUCUAGAAAAUUUUCUCUUAAGACAGUUCUUCUUUUGGCAGAUCAACUUAUAACCAGGAUAGAAUAUAUCCAUAGCAAGAAUUUCAUCCACCGAGACAUUAAGCCAGACAACUUCCUCAUGGGCUUGGGAAAAAAGGGAAAUCUUGUGUAUAUCAUAGACUUCGGUCUAGCCAAAAAGUACAGAGACUCGCGCACACAUCAACAUAUACCAUAUCGGGAAAACAAAAAUCUAACCGGUACUGCGCGUUAUGCUUCGGUUAAUACUCAUCUUGGCAUCGAGCAAAGCAGAAGGGAUGACUUGGAGAGUUUAGGGUAUGUGUUGAUGUACUUCAACAGAGGAUCUCUUCCUUGGCAAGGGCUCAAAGCUGCUACUAAAAGGCAAAAAUAUGAGAGAAUCAGUGAAAAGAAGAUGCAGACUCCUAUUGAGGAGCUCUGUAAAGGAUUUCCUAAUGAGUUCGCAACGUACCUGAAUUUCUGCCGGUCUCUGAGGUUUGAGGAGAAACCAGACUACAGUUACCUGAGGCAGCUCUUCCGCCAGCUCUUCCAUCGUCAGGGCUUUACCUAUGACUAUGUGUUUGACUGGAAUAUGCUCAAAUUUGGUGGUUCACGAAAUCAAGAAAAUGAGGUAGAACGAAGAGAUCGUCAGACCCACAAACCCCAAGCCACCGGUGCCACGUCUCGGAUACGGCACGACACAACCGUCGGGGGUGUUUUGCCCUCCCCAACAGCGGGAGCUGGGCGGCUACGGUCAGGUAGUGAGAGUGAACAACGCGUGAGCAUGAGGGUGCACCGCUCUGGUACUUCCAACACACACACACCGCAGCUCUCAAGACCUACAGAUACAUGUGUACAAACUUGGGCUAACAGUGUGAGUCCUCCAGUAUCUGGGGGAGUGAUACGUCGAGGAUCUGCGGGCAGAGAUGGCACCUUUCGAUAUCCAGCUAAGAAGUGAAAAUUAGGCAUCCAAUUUAGCUAGUUUCUGUGUAAUGACAGUUGACAGUGCUCUACAUAAUAGUCAUUUGCUGCCUUGUGUUUGGCACUAACACAUCCAGAAAUUGGACUGAAGAAGCAUGAGUUAUGUGUGCAUUAAGGCAGAACAGACACAUUGAAGACUUGCUAAGGAUGUGUUGCUGUCAGCAAUGAAAACAUUUUACUGGCCAGCAAAGCUCAAGAUACUUUAAUAGUGCAUUGAUAAAAGAAUAUGAACUUUUCUAGAAUGAAAGCCAUGGCCUUAAUUAUAGUAUUUAUGAAAAUGUGCAAUGAGAAACUUUAUAAGAAAAUUUCAUGGAAAGUAAAUGCAUUAAAUGCAUCAAUUAGUUUAUCAGUGAUAAUUUUAUAAUAGUUUAUGAGGUAACUACAGUACUUGGUGGACGCUGUUUGCAGGAUCAACAGUUGUGGUGUCCAAGAAUUGUUUUCUAUAGUUUGUGAAAUCUGUAUAUUCACCAGUUAAUAUGGUGUUCUCGAUGACUGCUGAGAUAUUCUUCAGUGGUGUACUUCAUCAAUACCUUUGAUCUCAUUGCCUGCAGGUUUUCACAGAGGCAUGUCCUAUGGCAAAAACUGUAAAUGAUGAUUUAAGUUAAUAUAGUCAAUCUCCAUUACUAUAACUUGCAGUUACCUAACAUUCUGUCUAUUAAAAGCAGAACUUUUUUAAUAUAUUUACCAAGCAGUUGAAAAUUCUAACUCAAAUUUAAUAAAAAAAAAAAAGAGUGGCAGAAAAUAUAAUAGUUAUUGCUAUAUCCAGUUAUAUGUGCUAACGGUAGCCAGUAUGGACAAUGUUAUAUUUCCACGUCCUUCUUGUGAUUAGGAUCGAAAGUCAAAAUCUUCGUAUUUGUUUCGUAGUUUGUCAUUACUAUUUUAAUAUAUACAAUUGCUGAUUUUGGUUAUACAGGUGCUUCAACAAUGUAGUAAUUAAAAAGCAAAGCUUAUAUUGGUACCCUCUAUGUUCAAAAUAAUUACCCUGGUGUUUUAUGUGAAUUUUGGCAUCUGCUUGCAUACAAAUUUACAAAGUGCAUGCAACAUAUUUUUGAUUAUCAGUACUGUAUUGACAUGGUACUGAAAACAUAUUCUGAGUAAUGGCAACCUGACUGCAAAUUAUUUCAGAUAUUGUGAGUGAAGUUUACUGGCUACAGAUUUUGGCACGUUUUCCCUGAUUUGGCCACUCUUGUGAGGUUUUGGCCACUCUUGUGAGGUUUUGGCCACUCUUGUGAGGUUUUGGCCACUCUUGUGAGGUUUUGGCCACUCUUGUGAGGUUUUGGCCACUCUUGUGAGGUUUUGGCCACUCUUGUGAGGAUUUGGCCACUCUUGUGAGGAUUUGGCCACUCUUGUGAGGUUUUGGCCAGUGAUCUUGCAUACAUCCUAUAAGGCAUAAGGAGUUUGUUACCAAUUAGUUUCAAGAGGAAAUAGUUAUAUUCAUAUGUAUGCAUUUAAAUGAUCCUGGCCUUUCCAUUGGCCCAUGACUCCUGGAAGAGAAAGCAAGUGUCUUAGUUAGAUCUUCCGGGUGCUAAGAUUUUUUUAGAACCCAGUUCCUUUGAAAUGGGAAUAAUUAUUAAUAAAGAAUAAACAUCUUGCAUUCCUUCACAAAUGUUAUUAGAGCAUAUUGGCAGCAUGUUGUUUAAACCAGGACAAGUGUGUUGUGAAUGUCACAUGUGCAUUUCUAUGUUUUAAAAUAUUUGUUACAUUUAGAACCACAUCACUCUUUCAGUUCUAUAUUGUUUUGUAUUAUUUCCAUUGUCUCCUUGAAUCAUACUAUAAUGUAAACUGGUACAGUUUUAUGAGGUUUUGAUAGAAUGGAUAGCAAUUAGUGAAAUUCAGUACAGUGCUAGUAAGCAAAGCAUUUUAUUUAUAAGUCAAUUGCUGUCUAGAACUCGACUGUAAUGUGCAACGUCAUCAAGCGUCGUGUUUUGGAAUUUGGCUAUAUUACAUCUGACCAUGGGUGAUUAUUUUGUAUUUAUAUAUGUAUAUUUGUUAUUAGGUAAUUCAUGAUUUUAGGUUCAUUCAGUGUGAUGGACUAGGCGUCUAGUUGAAUCUGGAAACAAUGAGAUGAACAGUUGUAAACACAGAUGAUUUUUUAUUAUUCCCAAUAAAUAGUAAAUGCCAUGUACAAAUGUACUCAUACAGCCAUAUUCCAAAAUGUGGCUAUCAUUGUAUUUACCAUCAUUCAUAUACAGAUGAAUGCAUAGCAGUAUUGUGUUAAUGUCUGAAGGAUGUUUUCAAAAGAGGAAGUGUGUGUGUGUUUCUUAUGCUUUAAUGUGUGAGGGGGGGGCC